CAUUUCCAUUCUCGUCACUGUUCUCGCGCUCGGUGAGCAGGGAGCAACGAUGGAUACCGUGCUCAUCUCUGGAGCACCCUUUCGACCAUCGUCCCCAUCGAUUUAUCCAGAACCCUGCUGCGGUUACUGGUCUGACGAUUUCCGGCUAUGAGAGGAAUCUUCAGCACCGAUCUUAUCACUCUGUUCUGUUCUUCUCCUUGCUGAGUUGCGGCGGCGGGCGGAGGUGGAAGGAGUGAUGGGGGAGGAGGCUUCAGUGAACGAAGCAUCGUUGAAGGUGUCGGAAGGAGAAGUUAAGCCGGAUGAUGGGGAGAUCCAGGAGGCCGAGUUGUCGCUGCGAGAGGGGCUUUCGCUGAACUACGAGGAAGCAAGAGCCCUCCUUGGAAGGCUUGAAUAUCACAAAGGCAACAUUGAAGCUGCUUUGAGGGUUUUUGAUGGUAUAGACCUCCAAGCUGCCAUACAUCGCCUUCAAUCUUCUCUUGCUGAUAAACUCUCUCCGAGGAAAAGUCGUUAUCGGAGUGAAUUGCAACGUUCAGCAUCACAACAUGCAGCUAGGCUUGUUCUUGAAGCCAUUUAUUUGAAAGCAAGAUCUCUUCAAAAGCUUGGCAGAGCUUCUGAGGCUGCUCAAGAAUGCAAAAGUGUCCUUGAUGCUGUGGAGAAGAUGUUCCGUCAUGGCAUACCGGAUGUGUUGGUUGAGAAUAAAUUACAGGAAACAGUUCGGAAGGCCGUGGAGUUACUUCCAGAACUCUGGAAGCAAGCUGGACAGUAUCAGGAAGCUUUGAUUUCUUAUAGGCGUGCUCUUCUUGGUCAUUGGAAUCUCGAAGAUGAAUGUUGUGUGGGGAUACAGAAAAGAUUUGUGAUCCUCCUCUUAUAUGGUGGUGUAGAGGCUGGCCCUCCGAGUUUAGCUUCCCAAACUGAUGGCUCAUUUGUUCCAAAAAACAACUUGGAGGAGGCCAUCUUGAUCUUGAUGAUUUUGUUGAAGAAAUGGUAUCUCGGCCUGAUUCAGUGGGAUCCAUCGUUGAUGGAUCAUUUUACAUUCGCCUUAUCUAUAUGUGGUCAGACUAAUUUCUUGUCCCGGCACAUUGAAGAGGUCUUACCUGGAAUGUAUCCCAGACGUGAUAGGUGGUAUACCUUAGCUCUUUGCCUCUGUGGAGCAGGACAAGAUAAAGAGGCGUUAAAUUUACUCAGAAAAGUUCUGAAUAAGCAUGAAAAUCCGGGUGAUUGGAGGGCAUUGCUAUUAGCAGCUAAGAUUUGCAGCAACGACUGCCUCCUUGCUUCUGAAGGAAUUUAUUAUUCCCAAAAUGUCAUCGCUAAUGGUGGAAGGGUUGAGAACCAUCUUAAGAGAGUGGGUCUUCAAUUUUUAGGCAUCUGCCUAGGAAAGAAAGCUAAGGCUGCACUAUCCGCCCAAGAAAGGUGUUGCCUGCAAGCUGAAGCAAUUAGUUCUCUGGAGGCCGCAGUGGUUUUAGAUCAUCAUAAUUCGGAGUUAAUCUAUGACUUAGGUCUUCAAUAUGCUGAACAGUGCAACACAAAUGCUGCCAUUCGAUGUGCAAAAGCUUUUAUUGAUGAGACUGGUGGAGCAAUGCUGAAGGGCUGGAGGUUACUCGCUUUGCUUUUGUCUGCCCAGCAAAGAUACCUGGAGGCUGAAGUUGUUACAGAUGCUGCUUUAGAUGAGACAUCAAAAUGGGAACAAGGGCCGUUACUUAGAAUAAAAGCAAAAGUAAAACUUGCUGAAUCUUUACCUAUGGAUGCAGUUGAUACGUACUGUUUUUUGCUUGCUCUUGUUCAGGCCCAAAGGAAGUCUUUUGGCUCUUUCAGGAGCAGUACACAGAUUGAGGGUGUCAAAGAAUUUGAAGUCUGGCAAGAUCUUGCAUACCUCUAUUCUAGCCUUUCACAAUGGAAAGAUGUUGAGGCAUGCUUGGCGAACGCUAUGGCGUUGAAACCAUAUGCAGCUUCUACAUGGCAUUCAAAAGGCUCCAUGCAUGAAGCUCGGUCAGAGACUCAAGCAGCACUGUCAUCCUACAGCAAUGCGCUAUUUAUGGAUCCAGAUCAUGUGCCCAGCAAGGUUUCUCUCGGUGCUCUUUUAUGGCGGAGCGGAUCGAAGCCAUUAGCAAUGGCGAGAAGCUUCCUAUCGGAUGCUCUCCGGCUUGAACCGAUGAAUAGGAUGGCUUGGUAUUAUUUAGGAAUGGUGCACAAAGAGGAUGGAAGGUCCACAGAUGCUGCUGAUUGCUUCCUGGCAGCUUCAAUGCUGGAGGGGUCUGAGCCUGUAGAGUACUUCUGAAUUGAUCUCAUUAUAAGAGGUGGUUUGUAUCAAUAAUAUGUUUUCUUUCUUGUAGCAUAGCUAGGCAUGAUUGUUCUGAUUUUCAAAUUUUGUAUAGAUUUUAGGUGGAGAGUUUUUGUUUUGGGAAGAUUUACGUACAUACCACUUAAUUCCUAUGUAUUUACAUAUGUAUGACCUCAACAUUCAUUUU